AUGCGCGUUCUCGUUCUCGGUGCAACAGGUCCAGUAGGCAUUCAACUUACCAGAGAACUCAUCCGGAAGCUUUCGGAUGAGAAACCAGACACCGGCUCAGAACAUAAAAUCAUCAUUUUUGUCCGUUCACCGCAAAAACUUCCCCAAGACGUCAUAUUCAGUCCACUCAUAACAGUCGUCAACGCGCAGCUCACGGACAUCGAUAAACUUGAGGAGGCUUUGGAAGGCGUUGUUGCAGUAUUGUCAGCAUUAGGACCCAGUGUGAGCAAAGGUCCAUUCCACCCUAGCGGGCAGCCACUGGCGAAAGCAUAUGAAGGUGUUUUAGGGGCUAUGAGGAAAUGCGGUGUGAAGAGGAUCCUUGCACUUGGAACUGCAUCGAUUCCAGCUGAGGAAGAUAAAUCUGACAUUAAGUUUGCUGCGCUCGUCACUGGAGUCGCUACCCUUGCUCGAAAUGCCUACAAGGACAUGGUGGCUAUUGGCGAAACCAUCUCUGCUGCCGACGAUAUGGACUGGACUAUUGUCCGCGUUCCUAUCUUGACUGACAAGAAUGUCAGAGACAUUCACACUGGUUACAUUGGUGACGGAAAGAUGGGAACACUUUUGGCAAGAGUUGGUUUUGCAGUUUUUGUAAUCGGGGAAUUGUUCAGUGUGCAGCCGCAAUGGUUGCAGAAAAGGCCCAUGAUAUGCUCAGUUUGA